CUAGGACAUACACACAUCCCUAUGGAGUUUCACAAUAUCCUCUUCAUACAAUAGACACAAAACCUCCAGAAGGUAUGAGCACAGAUCGGUGCCCCUAGCAGAAACAGUCGCUGCUGUCUGGUGUCUAUCGUACAAUAUAAAACACUGAAGCCUGGAAGGAUCCUAACCCAUGUAACCAGCCAGUUUCUUCACCCACGUUCUGCUUGUCGAAGAGGACCUUCAGGAGAAGUAGGUUUCUUGACUUUGGACAAUGCCUUGGGAUAUUAAUAUGGCCAUGGGUUACUAGACACUGUUACUGGACUUUAUUGCUCCGCGUCUUUAAAAUAUACACAGUCUGGAUGGACACUUUUACUGAAAGGGUUCAAAGAAAACUAUGAGAAUUUGGUUGUCGUUAAACCUGGAAAGAUGUUACAAACACAGUUCAUCCCAGUGUAUGAAGACUAUUCCCAUGAAGCGCUAUCAGUGGUAAGUGAAGACCAGUCGCUAUUUGAGUGCUCCUACGGCACGCCACACCUCACCAAGGUAGAGAUGACGGCUUCAUCCUCCAGUGAAUAUGGGCAAGCUUCGAAGAUGAGUCCACGUGUUCCACAGCAAGACUGGUUAUCGCAACCUCCAUCCCGGGUCACCAUCAAGAUGGAAUGUAACCCCAGUCAGGUGAAUGGAUCCAGGAAUUCCCCGGAUGACUGCAGCAUAGCCAAAGGGGGCAAGAUGAGCAGUGGAUCAGAGAAUAUUGGAAUGAAUUACAGCAGCUACAUAGAAGAAAAACACAUCCCACCCCCCAAUAUGACAACCAAUGAACGAAGAGUAAUUGUGCCAGCUGACCCUAACUUGUGGAGCACAGAUCAUGUACGACAGUGGCUGGAAUGGGCAAUAAAAGAAUAUGGACUCCCAGAUGUUGACGUGAUGCUUUUCCAAAACAUUGAUGGGAAAGAGCUAUGCAAAAUGACCAAAGAGGAUUUCCACCGGCUAACCCCAAGCUACAAUGCAGAUAUCCUUCUUUCGCAUCUUCACUACCUCAGAGAAACUCCUCUUCCACAUUUGACUUCAGAUGAUGUUGAUAAGGCCUUACAAAACUCGCCACGAUUAAUGCAUGCUAGAAACACAGGAGGUGCAACAUUUAUAUUCCCAAACGCGUCAGUUUAUCCUGAAGCAACUCAGAGAAUCAGCAACAGACCAGAUUUACCAUAUGAACCGAGAAGGUCUGCAUGGCCAAACCACCCCACACCCCAGUCUAAAGCCUCCCAGCCACCUACUGCAGUGCCCAAAACAGAGGACCCGAGACCCCAACUAGAUCCUUAUCAAAUUCUUGGCCCAACAAGCAGCCGUCUUGCAAAUCCAGGCAGUGGACAGAUCCAACUCUGGCAGUUUCUCCUGGAACUUCUCUCAGACAGUUCAAACUCUAAUUGCAUCACAUGGGAAGGAACCAACGGAGAGUUUAAGAUGACCGACCCGGACGAGGUAGCAAGACGUUGGGGAGAAAGGAAGAGCAAACCCAACAUGAACUAUGACAAGCUCAGCCGUGCACUCCGUUAUUACUAUGACAAAAAUAUUAUGACUAAAGUCCAUGGCAAGCGCUAUGCUUACAAGUUUGACUUUCACGGGAUUGCUCAAGCACUUCAGCCUCACCCACCAGAGUCAUCAAUGUACAAAUACCCUUCUGAACUUCCCUACAUGGGUUCUUAUCAUGCUCACCCCCAAAAGAUGAACUUUGUUGCUCCUCACCCUCAAGCAUUGCCCGUGACAUCAUCCAGUUUCUUUGCAGCUCCAAACCCCUACUGGAAUUCACCAACUGGAAGUAUUUAUCCAAACACCCGGCUUCCGGCUAGCCAUAUGUCUUCUCAUCUUGGAAGUUACUACUAACACUUCAGCAAAGACUUUACUAUGGAUUAGAAUUUGCAAGCAGCUCUACUAGGAGAUCAUGACGAGUUACCCAUGCCUUUCAUAACAGGUGCCUGAAAAUGGGAAAUACUGUAUGCCAAAACAAACUUUUUGUAGAGGUUAGGGAUGAAAAACAAAUUACUAACGAAGUUCAGAUGCUUUAUGAUGCAAUAUAGGAUGACAUCAAAGCAUUGGACCAAUAUGUGUUUUAGGCUAUUAGUUGAAGCCUUUUGAAGGAAUGACUUAAAACAGUGGUAAAUGAUGAACUUUUAUAGAAACAAAACGGAAAAAAAAACUAUAUAUGAGACAACACAGACUACCAGCAUAUAUUUUGUAGAAGAAACUACCUGUAUUUAAGUGUAAAAACAUAGAAACAGGAUCAUUGAACUGAUAAAAAAAAGAAAAAAAUUAAUGGAGUCAAUGACACAAUAUCACGGCUAAAAUUUGACAAAACUUCACUUGAUGGGGAAAGAAAAUAAAUAUUGUCGGAAAACUGUGAAAACUUCCUACAUUCCUUGAUCUAUCUCAGCAAGACGUUUGAGCCAUUUUGUGGAACCGAGAAUGUGUUUGGAUGGAAAUUUUAUAUUGGAAGGUUUAUAAUAUUGAAAGAAACACAUGUGUGACACGUAGAAGAGAUCUUCUGUUCCUCAUUACAAGCUAUUGAAAAGAAGAUUUGACGUUACGGGGAAUUAACAAACUUUUUUAUAAGACUUGCUUGAGAGAUACUAACAGUAUUAUAUAAUACCACAAUCAGUGUUCUAGAAGGAGAAAUCCAAGAUCCAGAACAAAAUAGGCCGUGAUCAAAGAGAAAUAGUAUAGAUUAGAGUAAUUAACGAUUUAAAACUGGAAUUGUCUGAUAUUUAAAGGAACAUUCAGGACCUCAUAUAUAAAGUGCAGUAUACAACACCCUACAUUUUCUUUAGAGAUGCAGUGUCUGAUGUUAGAGAAGGAUGAGUCUUAAAUCUCAUUUUUUAUUUACAUAUAUGUAAUAUUUUGGACCAAUCGCAUUCAUACACAUGUAGGAUACAGAAUCUUGAUGCAAUGUUAAUGCUGUAUUACAUUUCACGUGUAACCAUUACCAAGUGUGACAUAUUUUCUAAAGUGUUGCAUGUGGCAACAUGAGAAUUUAAUGUGGCACUGAAGUUUUAAGCAAAUACUUGUUGGUGGGAUCCUACAGAGGCCUUCUCCGAUUUCACUGCUAAUGCUCUCAGGGUGGAGUUUAUACCCAAUGGUUUUAUCUACUGGAGGGAGAUAGGGUUGCAUAUACCAGAAGUUCCCUCCUUGUUAAAAUCUGAACUCUAUUUUGUUUUUGUGUGUGAUUUUUCUAAGCAGGCGCCAGUUUUAUUUGAGUCGCGAACGCUGUGCGUUCGUCAGGUUGAAGUAUACAAGUCAAUGGUAUUUUUCAUUUUUAUAUAAUUAUAUAACUUAUGCAUUUAUACACUACGAGUUGAGCUCGGCCAACCAAAGGAACAAAGAAGGGACAUUUAAAUAACAGUAACAAAAAAACAAAAAACAAAAAAACAUUGUGGCCUUGAAUUUAAACUCUGUUUGCUUAAUGUUUACAGUAUGAACUAUUAGUACUUAGAAUGCAGUUUGCAUGCAAUACAUUAAGCUUGGCCUAGCAUGGCAAUUCAGAUUUAGUAGUUUGCAUUAAGCAUUUUUAUAUGUGACCAACACCUCAAUUCUCUUAAACGUGUAUCUGUGGCAUUUGGGUAUUUUCAAUUGAAUUUUUUUUUAACUCUUAUUUAACUUUUCCCUGCAUCCACUUUUAAUAAUUUACAAAUGUGUGAUCCCAAAAUACAAAUGUGUGAUUCUAAAACAAAUAUUAAGUAUGAUAAACAUGUUGAUCAAAAAUCAUACAAUAACCUUUCCCUUUUUUAGAUUAGAAAUAGCGCAACAGUUUCACUUUUGCUCCUCUUGGUCCAAAAUGAGGCACCGCCAAAUUUUAAACUAUCAAAAUUGUUUCAGUCAUGCUUAACUACCUACAUACAGUAGAUGAGCAUGGUAUAUAAUUUUUAAAUAACAAAACAAUUGUUCUCUAUAUUUAGAAAGUGAACUACAAGUAAUUAUUUCUAAGUAUUUCAACAUUGCUUAACCCUGAAUAAGGGUUAUAGAAUUAGAAACAUAUGGCUUAAUUUUUCAUUUGCCAAACUGUGUAAUUUAUUUGCCUUCAAAAAACUGUUUGAAAAUAGAAAAUCCCAAAAAGUUUACAGGAUUUUUUUUGUAGCAAAAUAUUUGUUAAUCAAAACUCUUAAGACUUGAAGCAUUUUACGGCAAUCCUGUAUAUUAUACCAAGCACUUACCUUACUUUCUUGUUUCCUGUUUAACAAUUUCUCACUCCUGUUGUCACCCUGCCCUACACUGAUUGGUCAAACUGUGUUGUUGGAAGCACGACAUCAUCAAAGUGUUACUUCUAUACGUCAUUUUUAUUUAGAAGGAAAUAAAACAGUUUAGUGCUCAUGCCCUGACAUUGAACUUUGCAACAAAUUUGCACUGGAUCAAAGCACUCAAUCAGCAAGUAGCUCUUAUCCGACUUGUGCCAGUUAGACAAUUAAACUUACUGUCUAAUUGGUCGCUAUAGUUUAGUGCAAAAAUUGCACCAAAUGCAAUGCUGAUAAUUGAACCCUAAUAAAUGAUUCAUUUUAUUUUUAUUUCAAACAACUGGACAAAAUAUAUGCAAAGAAGACUAUAACAUUGUUGAUGUUUAUAUGCAUACAUUAAAACGCCAAUAUAAACUGGUAAACUUCAGUUAUUGUAAAUUUGAAGGUAGUAAAGAUAAUUGUACAAAUUAUAAUUUAAUAACCCCAGAGGAUUCCGGGUAAAUGGAUUGUUGCCAAGCUACCGGUUAUAUUGGAAGCCAUUUCUGUUGCCAGCACAUUAUAUAAAAUGGUUUAUUGUAUGUAAAUUCAGUAUGGACAGCUGAAUUAAUGGGAAGAUGUUUCCAUGUAAAGUGUAAAGUCAGUACAAAGCAGUAGUACUUUUUUACACAUUUUAAUCAAUGAUUGAACUAACAAUUAAUCUGGUGCCAUUGUCAUUUACUUUUCUCUAUCGUCCUAAGUGGAUGCUGGGGUUCCUGAAAGGACCAUGGGGAAUAG